AUGAACAUGGAAAACGACUUGAAGGAAGAACUGAAUAGAAGAAUGAGAGCAGCAUGGGCAGCAUUCGCAGCCGUCAGGGAGGAUAGGGACCAACUGUCGGACCAAGAUCUUCGUGCCCAUCUGUUUGACUCGACAGUUCUUCCAGCGCUCUGUUACGCAGCGGAGACGGGGGCAGACACCGCUGCCACGUCUAGGAAGCUACUUACUACCCACAGAGCUCUUGAGAGAUGCCUUCUGAAGUUUAACCGGUGCACACAACACCUAGCCGGUCUUCGCAGCUCCGAUUUAAGAGGAAUGUCCUGUCUUCACGAUCCAGCGGAAUAUGUAUCGAAAGCAAAACAUGGAUGGGCCGGUCACGUCAUGAGAAGAAUCGUCGAUAGAUGGACUAAAAGAACGCUAGAGUGGAUCCCAAGAGAUGCUAAACGCCCUCGAGGGAGACAGCCAAUGAGAUGGGGUGAAGUGUUCGCUACACGGAGCUCAGCUGGAUGCGGCUCAAGGACCUCGUCAACGUCACUCACGAAACUUGAGAACAUCUUGGAUGACAAUGGCGAGGGCAUGGAACAAGUGGAAGAGAUGCUGGGGCCCGCACGUUCAGUGAAGGCGGGCCAUUUAACUAUCUAA